UAAAGCACGCACAUUGAUGCAAACCAAUUAGUUAUUUAAGACAAUUGACGCUACACACAAUACGUUCGGGUAGAGUGGACUAAGAAAGGGCGCCAACUUUCGCGCAUGCGCCCAUCAAAAUCAGACUAAAAGACCUCCAGUCACGAGGAGUCAGUCUUCGUGGAGACGUCGUAUAGAACGGACGUCGCUCGAACAAAUAAAAAAUACAUUUCGCGAGUGUUGAGACUUAUAAUGAUUCGGUUGGUGGUUCGGAUUUUAGUUAGGUAGUAGCGUGCGAUGCGCGGCUUGCGCGAUGUUAGCUUACGUGGUCGUGGUACUGACAGUGUUGGACGUCUGUGUACCGCUGUACCAUCACCAGUUCGCGGUCUUCGUCCCUGGUGGGCCAGAAAAGGCUCACGAACUGGCGCAUAGACAUGGCUUCAUUAAUCACGGGGAGAUUGGAAAUCUGAAGCACUACUUUUUACUAUCACAUCCACACGUCAGUAAGAGAUCACCUAACGCCAGCAUCGACCAUUAUAAUAACCUUAAAAAUGACCCACAGGUGAGAUGGGUUAUGCAGCAGAGGGAGUUGCGGAGGUCCAAGAGGGACCAUCAGUCGCAGCCGAGGCACGUGAUGAGGCAAUCCAGUGCGCCUGCCUUCCCCGACCCUCUGUUCAAAGAGCAGUGGUAUUUGAAUGGAGGUGCAGCUGACGGUUUAGACAUGAAUGUUGGCUAUGCUUGGAGGAAGGGCUACACGGGGAAAGGAGUCGUUAUCACCAUCUUAGAUGACGGCAUUCAACCUAACCAUCCAGAUCUAUCACAGAAUUACGAUCCUGCGGCAUCGACGGACAUAAAUGGGAAUGACACCGACCCGACACCGCAGGACAAUGGCGACAAUAAACACGGCACCCGGUGCGCGGGUGAGGUGGCUGCGGUCGCCUACAAUAGAUAUUGCGGCGUCGGCAUAGCUUACAAUGCCAGCAUUGGAGGAGUCAGGAUGCUCGACGGCCUUGUUAACGACGCAGUGGAAGCCCAAGCACUGGGAUUUAACACACAUCACAUAGACAUAUACAGUGCGUCAUGGGGCCCCGAGGACGACGGCAAAACAGUCGAUGGUCCCGGCCCUCUGGCUAGAAGGGCGUUUAUAAAUGGCGUGACGAACGGAAGAGGCGGAAAAGGAUCUAUUUUUAUAUGGGCGUCGGGAAAUGGCGGCAGGCAUACGGACUCUUGCAAUUGUGAUGGAUACGCGAAUAGUAUAUUUACUAUUUCUAUUUCUAGUGCAACACAGGGGGGAUACAAACCGUGGUAUUUAGAAGAAUGCUCUUCAACAAUAGCUUCAACCUAUAGUUCAGGAACCCCAGGUCGAGACAAAAGCGUGGCCACGGUUGAUAUGGACGUGCAAUUACGUCCUGAUCACAUUUGUACUGUAGAUCACACAGGUACUUCGGCGUCGGCGCCAUUAGCUGCAGGAAUAUGUGCAUUAGCUUUAGAAGCAAAUCCAUUACUAACCUGGCGGGAUAUGCAACAUCUCAUCGUAAUGACAUCUCGUUCACAGCCACUAGAAAAAGAAGAAGGAUGGAUCGUAAAUGGUGUGAAGAGAAAAGUGAGUCAUAAGUUUGGUUACGGGCUAAUGGAUGCCGCUCAGAUGGUAACAUUAGCCGAACAAUGGACAAAUGUACCCCCUCAGCACAUUUGUAAGUCGCAAGAAAUAAACGAGGACAAGUCUAUUGAAACAUCUUUCGGUUAUACGAUAUCAGUGCACAUGGAUGUGAAUGGGUGCAGCGGGACGAUGAACGAGGUCAGAUUUUUGGAACACGUUCAAUGUAAAAUUUCACUGAGCUUUUUCCCUAGAGGAAAUUUACGGAUAUUGCUUACGUCGCCGAUGGGGACUACUUCCACCCUUUUAUUGGAGAGGACGCAUGACGCUACGAGUUCUAACUUCGACGAUUGGCCGUUUUUAAGUGUCCAUUUUUGGGGAGAAAGUGCCGAAGGGCGUUGGACUCUUCAGAUAUUAAACGCCGGUAAUAUCCACGUCACUCAACCGGGCAUAUUGAAAAAGUGGCAGUUAAUAUUUUACGGCACGGCUACCAGUCCAAUACAGUUACGAAAUAAAAGCUAUUUUAACUCAAAUAAUGUUUAUAAGCAAGAAAAGGCUUAUCACGUUAACGAUGUUUACGACGCUUCAGAAUACUCCCAAUUCCUCAACGAAAUCGAACUUGGCAUUUCUGAUAGACGUAAUUACCCCAAAAAUAUUCCAUCCGCACAGCGUAAAAAUGUUUUGGCAGAUGCCAACGAUAAACAAGUGCAAAGACUGUGUGAUCCGGAAUGUGAUUCACAAGGCUGUUAUGGGAAGGGGCCAACUCAGUGUGUUGCCUGCAAGCAUUAUCGUUUAGAUAACACAUGCGUGUCUCGAUGUCCCCCGAGAAGCUUCGUUAACCAAGGUGGAGUUUGUUGGCCGUGCCACGAGUCAUGCGAGACGUGUGCAGGAGCUGGCCAAGAUUCGUGUCUCACAUGCGCCCCUGCUCAUCUGCUAGUAGUUGAUUUAGCUGUUUGUUUGCAAGUAUGUCCGGAGGGAUAUUAUGAAGACCCCGAUGCUAACGCCUGUUUUCCAUGUGCCGAGCAUUGUUAUACCUGUUCUGAAAAGGCAGAUAUGUGCUCUUCGUGUCUUCAUAAUUAUGUCCUUUACAACGGCUCUUGUUUAGCGACCUGUCCUCCUGGUACACACCAAAAAGAUGAUUUCGGAUGCAUACCAUGUCAUGAAACGUGUGAAUCUUGUCACGGCCCUAGCCAAAAUGCGUGUGUUUCAUGUCGCAUUGGUGAUUACGCAUUUAGAAAUUGCUGUGAAGCAAAAUGCCCCUCAGGAUAUUACGCCGACGCCCAAAGAAGGGAAUGUUUGCCGUGUUCAAUUGGUUGUUCUGCAUGCACCAAUGCCGUUUGUACAGUAUGCCAAGAAAAAUGGAUUUUGACUAAGAGUGGAACUUGUCUACCCGAUGGCAAUGAUAAAUGUGACACAAAUGAGUAUUACGAAGGGGGAAGGUGUAAAAAUUGCCACUCGCUCUGCGAGAAAUGUAGCGGGUCGAACGACUGGGACUGUUUGUCUUGUUCGAGUCCCUUGUUGUUACAAGGAUCGAGGUGCGUAGCUGAGUGUGGACCAGGUUUCUAUCAGACUGCAGGAAGAUGUUCGCCGUGUCCACAUACUUGUAAGAGCUGCGUAUCAAGAUUGAACUGCACAAUGUGCGCUGGUGCCUUACGUUUGCAGUCGGGAACAUGUAGAGCGAUUUGUGCUCCUGGCUACUAUCCUGAUGAAGGGACUUGUUCCAAGUGUUACUUGUCAUGUGAGACGUGCACAGGCCCUAGAAGAGAUCAAUGUGCAUCAUGUCCCCCUGACUGGAGAUUGGCGGCGGGAGAGUGUCACCCCGAAUGUCCACAGAACUUCUUUUCUUGGCAGGCGGGUUGUCGUCGUUGCCACCAUUAUUGUCAAGACUGUCAUGGCGCUGGGCCUCAGCGCUGUACAUCAUGCCCACAGCAUUUUUCAUUAGAAAACGGUUUAUGUGUGGAGUGCCUUAGUUCUCAGUACUACGAGCCUAGAACGAGGAGUUGUCGCCCGUGCCACGACUCCUGCAGGUCGUGCUCGGGUCCGGGUCCAACCAGUUGUCUCACGUGUGCACACCCCCUACGUUUAGAUAGAGUGAAUCACAAAUGUUUGCCAUGCUGCACCGAGAGCACGGCGUCGCUUCUCAUAAAUAGUAAUCAGACCGAUUGCUGCCACUGUGAUAAGGAUAUUGGAGGUUGUUUAAACGGCUCAUCAGCAGGCAAGCGGCGGAUAGCCGAGAACAUUGGCACGCACAUAACGGCACCAUUUUUCAUCGAGGACUCUAACGAUGCCUCGAACAUUCUAGAACGUAACUCACUCGCUGUAUGGAGUGUGGGCGUCUUUCUACUGGCUACAGUCCUCACUCUGAUUGCUAUUAAGUUAAAAAGGUCGAGAAUACCCAAACACAGGACUAUGUUCCCGAAGACCGAGUACUCCCAGCUGACCACCAUUGACGAAGACUUGAUAGCGAUGACAUCAUCGACCACUUUGAAAGCCCUUGACAGUAUACAAACACAAAGUAAAACUCAACUAGAAGAACCAACAUAGCAACAUGAAUCUUAAACUCGAUGUAAUUAGAGUAUAUUUUACACUGCAGACUGAUAUGUAGGAGUUUCAAUAUACGAUUCGUGUAAAUAGUUGAAGUAAAUACUAUUACCUAACUAUCAAGUGGUUAUUUUAUUAUUAAACAAAAUUAUACGAAUGACGUUAACGUUAUGUUUAAACUUUAGUUGUUAGACUAAACAUUUCUAAGAGAAAUUAUUUAUGUGAACAUUUCUAUAUAUUUCAAGUUAUAAUUAAAAAUUAAUGAAAAGAAAAUUCGUAAAAUGAUUCGCAGUAAAUUGCUAUGCAAUUGAAAUUUACAUUGUUUUUAUUUCUGAAAAUUAACGAAUCAAAUGAAAGUUUUUAAUUAAUGAGACAGUUGGCAACAUGUAAUUUAAAGUUUAUUAUAUUACAACCACGAACAUGUAAUAACAUUUCUUGCAUACAAACUUAGCUAAACAUUUCUAUGCAAAUGAAUGCAAUUCAUCUCGCAUAUGGAGUACAUAAUUGUAUUUUUAAUUAGUUUACGUAGCCAUGUUGAAUGUCAGAAUCUAAUUAUCAAUUAGCAUGAAGUAUGAUUGUUGGUUUCACAUAAUUACUUAAUACAAUAUAAUUUUGGUAAAUAAUUUGAUGAAAGAUUACACAAAAAUACUUACCUUGACGAUACUACCAUCAUAUUUUUCAUUUAACCCAACAAUAAUAAUUACUUCUUCUUCUACGUGUUAUAUUUUUUCUCUAUUAAGAUUGUUACAAACUAAUGAAGUAAGUAUAUACAUACUUUUAAUAAUUUUUUAAUCAAUAUGUUCUUCAUAUUUUCUUAAUCAAAUAAUUUUAGAUUUUCAAAACCAACAAUCUCGCAUCAAGCUAUUAGAACGAAUUAAUGUAAUAAAAACUCAAUAUGAAUGUUCUAGAUGUUUUUGCACUGUGUGUAAGCAAAUUCCAUAAGGUCGACAUUACUUUACGUAAAUCGCAUUUAACGUACAUUUGUAAGAAAGAAAUAAAGGGAAAGACUGCAAAGAUAAGUGGUUUGGGUUGAAGGAGCGUUCAAUUAGAUCAGACCGAACGACGGCGGAAUGAAUACGCUAUUGGCUUGUUUCUUGCAAUCAAACCAAAUAUUUGACUUUAUUACAAAUUCUUUAUCUACCAUACUUUAUUUUUGAAAGGUACUAUUUAGGUAAAUCAAAUUAAAUGUACUGUUAGUUUUCAUCAUAAACCAAAGCAUAAUUAUUUAUCAAACUAUAAUAGAUUUUCAAACUUGUUGUUUAUUAAUAAAAGUUGAAAAUCAUUUGAAGAUUGAAAGUAAUUUGAUGUGCCGAUGUUCAAAGUAAUGUCGACCUAUGUGAGGACCAGUAUAUGUUCAAUGGGACCCAAUACACAGCUUCAUUUUGUAUUUAUAACUAUUGUGACAAAUAUUAAAUGUAUUAUGUUACACGACACACUCGCGUAACUGUUCAACGAGGUAAUUCACCUGGCUGAGGGUCCCGGCGUGUCUCAAAAGUAGUCGAAUGACCCCGUCUAACAGUUACAUGAAUACGCCGUACACAGCUUCAUGUUAUGUAUGCUAUGUGUAAUUGUGUUUAUAGUAAUACCAACAUAUCUACAUAGUAAUUUAUUUUAAUGUUGUUUUGUUUCACCGCUGUACUGUGUAAAUACGGUUCAAUUAUUACUGUAAUAGACAUUGAUCAUGUAAAUAUGUAAAUAAUGACAGUUGUAAAUAUAUCAAUGGUUUUUAUGACGGAUAAAUUAUGUGGUUGUUUCAUUUAUUUACUUUAACUGUUACACAAAGUUACUUCGAAUACACUAUAUUUUCUCAACAAAGAGACAUUUAA